GUUACCCCACUCGCCCCUCUUGCAGCCGCUCUUACUGCGGCUGGGGUUCCCCGCGGGACAGGGCGUCACGCGGGGGAUCAGCCGGCCCAUGCAGCCCUGGCUCCCGGCGGUUGGCAGUCGGGGCCUGCGCGCUGCCUCGGCUCCGAUGGGCUGAGUGCUGCUCCGCAGGCAGCCCCCAUUGGCCCCGGCUCACCCGUCGCGCCCGCCGGUUGGCUGUGCCGCCGUUGCCCUGGCGACGUGCGCUGUUGUGGUUCCGCGCAGCGCCGGGAAUGUGGGGUUGGUCCUCACCGGGCCGCAGCGUCCUGACUCCAGCCGCCGCGCCCCCGAGCCGCGGCGUCCACCCCGAGCCUGGGCCAGUGGCUGCAGCUCCGGGUGAGCCAGGCCGGCUGGACUCUGCGCCAUGAGGAACGCUGGCAAGGAGGUGCAGGGCUCCUCACAACGCUACGCCCCGUGCGACUGGUAUUACCACCUGCCAGCCAAGCGCUCCGAGAAGCCCGUGGAUGCCCCCCCAGCGUCCCAGAUCCCGGGGCUCAGCGACCUGGGAGACUCUGCGAGCAGAAGCCUGCCAGGAGCUCGGAGAUACUGGAUCAAGGAAACGGACUCAGAGUACGUGAAGCUGGCCAAGCAGGGCGGCAGGCCUGAUCUGUUGAAGCACCUUCCCCCUGGGACCUCGACGACGGGCACCCCCAUGGCUUACUCCUUGCCUGACUGGUACAUCCACCACAGCAAGCCACCUACUGCCAUGCAGCGCCCGGUUCCUGUGGUCUCCAUGCCCGACUACAUGGUUUAUGAAGAAUUCAACCCUAACCAGGCCAACGGCAGCUACGAGUCCAGAAGGGGGCCCUUUGACUUCGACAUGAAAACCGUUUGGCAGAGGGAGGCUGAGGAGCUCGAAAAGACCAAAAAGAAGGUCAAGCUGCCAGCCAUUCAUUCCAAGAAUCCCAGCAAAGUGGGGACCCCGCUCGGCCCCAGGGACCCUGCAGGAAGCAGACUGUCCUUCCCUCCCAUGCCUGGCCAAAAAGCCAGUUCACCCACAAACUUUUCCAAACUUAUUAGCAAUGGUUAUAAGGAUGAGUGGUUGCAGCAGCAGCGCACCGACUCGGACAAGAGGACUGCGAAGGCGGUGGCCACUCGGUCCUCGGAGGAGCCCCAGGGACUGGAGGACACGGAGUCGCGCCAGGAGCCAGAGGUCCCCGAGGGCUCCGAGAGCGCGCUAGAAUCUCCUCCUCCAAGUGAGUACUGAUAGAGAGCCAUCCUGAUCAGAAGGCGUACGUGUCGUGUCUUAGCCGGAAGUCUGCGACCCGGCCUCUACUUGGGAGAUCCUAGCAGCCGGCCACCUGCC